CAAACAGGCCUGCGAGGAGGAGGAGCCUGAAACGGCAAGAGGGACGUGGACCUCCCCCGUUCACAUUCCACAUUUACAGUGGGCUUAAACUGAUCCCUGUGUGGUAUUCCGCUUGUAAUUUACACGGUGUCCGCUGCCACAAGACACCGAGGGGUAUUUAAUCAGCGGUUAGCCUGCAGCGCUAGCUACUCCCAGCGGCUACAUGGCUGGCUAGCACACCGAGGCUAACUGACGUUAGCUUGCGCUCCAGUUCAUCCCUCGGACCUUGGAAGUGGAGAACCGUGGACAAGAAUGGCCACUUCACUCGGAUAGCCUUUUCUCGAGGAAACAACCGAUAUCCCGACGAGCCACGCCACUAACGAAUAGCUUCUGAAACAACCGUUUCUACCAGACCCCGAAGCAUGACGGUUGUUAACGUCACUGUAGUUUCAAACAUGGUGCAGAAGUACCAGUCGCCUGUGCGGGUGUACAAGUACCCCUUUGAGCUGGUGAUGGCGGCCUAUGAGCGCCGGUUCCCUACAUGUCACCUUAUCCCCAUGUUUGUGGCGAGUGACGUGGUAGAUGAGGAGACCAGCGAGGACCGAUCCACCCAUAGGAUUGAGCGGCGCUGUGCGCUGGAUGUUGACGCUCCACGUCUUCUCAAACGGAUUGCUGGUGUGGACUACGUUUACUUCAUCCAGAAAAACACACUUAACCGAAAGGAGCGGACUCUUCACAUAGAGUCACAUAAUGAGACCUUCUCCAACAGGGUCAUCAUCCAUGAGAUCUGCUGCUAUUCGGUCCACCCUGAGAACGAUGACUGGACGUGUUUUGAGCAGUCAGCCAGUCUGGACAUCAAGUCUUUCUUUGGCUUUGAGAGCACAGUGGAAAAGAUUGCAAUGAAGCAGUAUGCCAGCAGCAUUAAAAAGGGGAAAGAAAUCAUAGAGUACUACCUGAAGGAACUAGAGGAUGAGGGCAUUACACAUGUGCCAAGAUGGACUCCUACUGCCCUUCCGCUGCCUCUCACCAGACCAACAAGCCUCCCGACUAACCCAUCUGUUGACCCCAAGCUCCCUGUCACACCAGCUGUUGCCGUCCCGCAGCCUGUUGAUGCCAUGGACAGCGCCUCUCAGAAUGCUAAGCAGGACAUGGUUCUACAGGCGGACAGUUUAACUGAGAUCCUGGCCGGUACACCGGAAGAUAAACUGGAUGCCGACUAUAUCAAACGGUACCUUGGUGAUCUGACGCCCCUGCAGGAGAGCUGUCUUAUCAGACUUCGAAAAUGGCUACAGGAAACUCACAAGGGAAAGAUCCCCAAGGAUGAACAUAUCCUGCGAUUCUUGCGUGCCCGAGAUUUCAACAUGGACAAGGCACGUGAAAUUCUGUGCCAAUCGCUGACAUGGAGGAAGCAGCACCAAGUGGACUACCUUCUAGAGACCUGGACUUCACCGCAGGUCCUUCAGGAUUUUUACACAGGGGGCUGGCACCACCAUGAUCGAGAUGGCCGUCCUUUGUACAUCCUGAGACUUGGCCAGAUGGACACCAAAGGACUUGUCCGGGCACUUGGAGAAGAAUCUCUACUUCGACACGUGCUGUCUAUCAAUGAGGAGGGGCUGAGACGCUGCGAAGAGAACACAAAGGUGUUUGGUCGGCCCAUCAGCUGUUGGACCUGUCUCGUGGACCUGGAGGGCUUAAACAUGCGGCACCUGUGGCGACCAGGAGUCAAGGCGCUGCUGAGAAUUAUCGAGGUUGUGGAAGCCAACUAUCCUGAGACGCUGGGACGGCUCCUUAUCUUGAGAGCUCCCAGAGUCUUCCCAGUUCUCUGGACUUUGGUGAGUCCAUUCAUUGAUGAAAACACCCGCAAGAAGUUCCUAAUCUAUGCUGGAAACGACUACCAGGGCCCUGGCGGGCUGGUGGACUAUAUAGACAAGGAGAUUAUCCCUGACUUCCUGGGAGGCGAGUGCAUGUGUGAAGUGCCCGAAGGUGGCCUGGUGCCCAAAUCUAUGUACCGCACUGCUGAGGAACUCGAGAACGAAGACGUCCGCCUUUGGACGGAGACGAUCUACCAAAGCGCCAGCAUCUUCAAAGGAGCUCCACAUGAGCUUCUGGUUGAGAUCAUUGACGCCUCCUCUGUCAUCACCUGGGACUUUGACGUCUGCAAGGGCGACGUGGUCUUCAACAUCUACCACUCCAAACGGGCCCCCCAGGCACCACGUAAGGACCCACUUGGCGCUCACGGUAUCACCUCCCCUGGAGGCAACAAUGUGCAGCUUAUCGACAAGUCAUGGACGCUGGGACAAGAUUACAGCAUGGUAGAGUCUCCUCUCACCUGCAAGGAGGGAGAAAGUGUGCAGGGCUCCCAUAUUACACGCUGGCCAGGGUUUUACAUCCUCCAGUGGAAGUUUCACAACAUGCCAGCAUGCUCUGCCACUAAUCUGCCCCGGGUAGAUGAUGUCCUGGCCACCCUGCAAGUUUCUUCGCACAAGUGUAAAGUCAUGUACUACACCGAGGUGCUGGGCUCGGAGGACUUUAGAACUGCUUGCUGUGACGUACAGAGUUUGGGUUCCAUGACCAGCUUGGAGUCGAGCCACAGCGGCUUCUCCCAGCUCAGCGCUGCCACCACUUCAUCCAACCAAUCACAGUCCAGCUCAAUGAUCUCCAGGUAGAUGCAGCAGAUGUGGAUAGCACCGUCCUACGCAGUGGUCGCCUUCUACCAACCCCUUAGCCUAGACCCGCACACCCUCCCAACAUGGGAUAGAAAACAAACUGCGUUAAGUCAUUUUAAAGGGCUGAAUAUUUGCACAAAGGUCAUACAUUUCAGUACUUUCUGUUGGAUCGCCGCCCUUUUAGGGUGGCUGCAAGCGGUUUAAAAAAGCAAUAUCAUCCUGGGAAGUGUGAGGUCUGAAAUGAUGGAGACGCUGGAGGCGCUGUUACAUACCUUGAUGCAUUUUUACAUUCCUAAAUACUGUAGGCAAUAAUCAGAUGACGCAGGCCUCAUUUGUGAGCGUCACUGUAGCAGAUUGGAUGUUCUGUUACACAUAAACAUGCAACCAUCUCUACUACUACUACUACUACUACUACCACUACCACUACCACAGUCCAUGGAUACAAUGUGAAUGAAUUCAGAUGGAAAGCAUGUCAUUAAAUCACAAUUUAUACAUACAUAUAGCAUUUUUAAAAAGAUGCAGAGCCCCUGAGUGGGUGGGGCUUUGUGAAAGUAUACUAUUGAUGCCUGGUGAGAUGCCUGACGUUCCUGCGAUUGUCUCUUAUGGCAAACCCCAGCAUCUCGUGAGGGCGUUAUUGUGCCAUAAACUGCAUAUUUAACCAGGGUUCCGCUAUCGAGAAGCAAUAACAUGAGUUUCUACUGUUUCAAAUAUUUGUAUUGAUCAUGAACCUUUUCGGUCUGCUGGGUUGUGUCUGUUGCUAUGGUAGCUUCUCUACAUCAGUAAACGCAAGCCCAUGCCAGCUACAGAUUUUUGGGAAACGGAAGACGAUUCAAAUCACUGGCACUUAAUUGGGGGAAAUGUGGAAUACAAGUGAACAGUCCGAGACCCCUGCAUGUCAGGAAUCUUUCAUAAAACACAUAAAAGUGCAACAAACUUGAAAGCUAACUCUACCAACAGUAAUACAGUGGAGAAACCUCCUACCAUUGUCCGUAUAAUCUCCAUAAUCGGGCUGUUUAUUGGUAGAAAUCUCAUCUCUCUCGUACAUUUGGUAAAGCUUGACUUGCAGAGAAAGUACCCAGAGGCCAACUUGAACAUGCUGGAGGAGGUGCUGUUCAUACGCAAUGAAUCAGCCUGAUAUUUACACCCUUUCUCACACAUCACAAACCACUCCCUGUGCAACAACCAAAAAUAACAAGCACACUUGGAAACACAAUGUAACUGUACCACACGACUAUGGGGGCAUUGGAAUAGACGCUUCCACACUCAUUUACAUGCAAAACAGACAAUUUGAUACUACAGUGGAACUUGGGUUAGGGUCUAACCCGGUCAGCGUGUUUUUGGGUCAACGUCGCCACAAUUUGACCUCAGUUUGUGCACAUUCUCUGGUGUUAUUGAUGUCCUUCCUUGUGAGCGUCCUAGUCGCUAGCUAAACUAAAUGAGAACAAAAAGUUUUUUAUGAUGUCCUCAGUGGUUGACUCUGAAAAAUGUCAACACAAAACACAAUUUUGUACAUUUACGUACAUAGAACAAUUCUAAAUGCAUGAAAGGAAUAAAUGAACAUUGAAGGUUACUUGUACCUUCAUUGACAACAUGACUGUUCAAAGACAUGAUGUAGCCGCGGGAUCAAUCACCAGCUUCCCGUUUUCACAUAGUAGCAUUUUGUCUUCUUAUUGAAUGGUAAAGGAUAACAUUUCCAUUCAACAUACCUUCAAAAGUUUGCUCAAUUCACCUUUUGCCGACUCGCUGUUUCACAGAUUUUUUUUUCCAACGUGUAUUGUGUUCUGCAUUCUGAUUGGCUAAGGUACCGUAGACCAUUGUCAACCAAUCUCCUGCCUGCCUUUCUGUGCAGUACAGAAUCAUUGGGACAUAGAUUUGGUUAGAGUCCCGUCUCAGUUAGAGUCUGACAUUAUGGAAUGAAUGAAUGGCACUAACCAAGGUUCCACUGUAAUUAUGAACUACAAGACAUACCUUGUGGGAAUGUAUCUUAGUGUAAGUGUUUAUUUCCAUACCCACGUAGUCGUUGUGUUCAGUGACAUUGUGUGCUCCACUUGUGUUGCUUAUCUUUUUGCACCGUGAGUGAGGGAGGCCUUGGGUUUGAUCAUCUCCCGUUGCUUUGUGUUGGACUUUGGUUUUUAUGGGCGUCUCAACUACUCACUGUAUUAUAUUUGGUGUGCAAGCGGCAUUAAACUCACCUAGUAGGCGCGACGCGCUCAUUUUCUUCGGUAAUCGAGGUCUCCAAGGUAGACUUUGGACAUGCACACAAAAGUAUUUCUUUAAAUGCUUUGUUCUCUGUUUGUUUUUAAGAGGUUCAGAUGAAUUAUCGUCAGCGCUCACUGAGUGGUUUUCAGGAAGAAAUAGUCCAUCCAGUCCGCCUCACAGCUAGUUUGCAGCAACCUGCACAAUUGUUGCACCAACGCUGCCAAGAUGGUGCCUUGUUUCGUUCUGGUUUGUGAAUGUGCUAGCGAUAAGCAGACGAGCUAAAUAUCUAAAAUACCGAGAUGGGCAAAGUCAUCCCAGCUACUAUUGCCAGGUAUAAAUAUAUUUUAGUGUGCUUUAGGGGUGAGCGAUUAUUCUAAUGCAUAUCUUUUGACAGUGCUAGUAGGAAAUAGACGGUAUUGCUGACCGUGCAUGUGCUAGUUGAGGUGUGAUUCUGUUGUUAACAUACUUACGGGGGUGAAGCAGGCUUGGUGACUGGGUUUACAAUGUCGACUAUUUAUAAAAUAAGAGCCAUUUGUCAAUAAACACCAUUUUAGCCUUGUAGGACUUGCAUAGACACGUAGCUGCUCCUUUCAUGUUAGAGAAUGAACCCAUGGUGAUGUUAAAUGUCCUCAUAGGUCCUAUACAGCUUAAGUUUUUUGGGGAGUAGUUGUCAUGUGACUAUCCCAAGACAUGGUUUUCCCAGAAUAGCAGUGUGUCAGGUAAAGCCUCUGGGAAAUAGUUAUUUCCAAAUACAGCACUUCCAUGUGAAGAGUUUCCCUCAUGUAAUGUAUUAGAAGCACUGAUGACUUUACUGUAAAUUGCCAAGAGUCGUCAGAUGCUGAGGUGACGGAUACUUGUAGUGCUGUGAAAGCAAAAAAUAUAUAUAUAACACUCCUCCUGCAUGCUGUUUUGAUACAUGAAAAUGUUGAACUCCAAAUGAAAGGUCAAGAAUUUGAGUGGAAUAUUUGCAAUAAGACGAAAUGCUUGACCUCACAAUGAGGGCUGUGGUGUGGAUGUAUAGGAAUGAAUGUUUGAAAUACAGCCUGUAAAAUGCGUGCAAAAAAACUUCCUGCGGUCCUCUGGGCUGCCGUGUAUCUCCUUAACUGUUCUUUGACGAGAUGAUCUCCAGCGAGUGCUCUGACGAAACAUACGGAAUCAGCAGCAGACCUAAGUACUGAAUUUUGGAAUGUUGUUUUUUCCAAAUCUAACAGCUGGCUUACAUUUGUAAGGCUGACUCACGGCAGUUGAGACUUGAAGCCAUGCCGUAACGGAGUUAUGAGUUCAGUGUUGGAGAUCUCCUGGUCCUGCUUGUCUGACGUCUGUUAUGUGGACAUUUUCAAAGAUCUCAUGAGGGCUAUGAAAUAGUUUUUCUUACUUUUCAACAUGUUUGUUUGUCCGCUUCCUGUUCUGGCAAUGUUGCAAAGAGUUCUUAUCUUCAUGUGGAAAAAUAAUGUAAAAACUACUUGUUUGAAUUUCAUUUUUGGGAAAACAUUAAACUUGAAUUCUGACACA